GCGCACGGUCAGCACACCAUCCUUGGACAGCGCGGUGGACACUGAGUCGAUGUCAGCUGUGUUGGGCAUUGUGAAUUCCUUGUAGAAAGACUUUGAAGACAUCGAUGAGCCGUCCUCCGAUUUCUGUUGGUAAAGAAAAUGGAGAGAAGCCCACCUGUAUGAGCCGGUCUUGGCAUCACCUCUCCCUCUCUCCCCUUCGCCUUCUCCCGCGCCUCUCCCUCUCUCCCCGCAUCGUGUGCCGCUCUGACCCCGAACAUCUUCACUCCGGGGCGGGAAGAUGACCAGGAAUAAUAAGCGAGAAGAGUGACCUGGUCUGCCGCGUGACCUCUUCCCCAUCUCCCCCUCUCACCCCUCUCACUCACCCUAGCCCCCCUCACUAGCCAGGGUCACGAGUGCCGCGGCGGUAUAAAGGCAUGCUGGCGUGCAGGAUGGGCACAGCGCCUCCGCCUCCACCCGCUGCACGCCACGCACUCCACACUCACGCCCUCCACCAUGAGGCUCACGCUCCACCUCCUCCUGCCCGCUGCCCUGCUGGCCGCCGCGGCCGCCGACAAAGGCUUCGGCGGCGGCAACGGCCCUGCCACCAGCUACUCCGCGCCCUCCGCCAACGGCAACGGCUUCGGCGGCGCCAACGGCAACAACGGGUUUGGCGGCAACGGUCCCGCCAACACCUACUCGGCGCCCUCCGCCAACGGCUUCGGCAACGGCAACGGCAACGGCUUCGGCGGCGCGCCCAGCAACACCUACGGGCCGCCCGGCGGCGGCUACGGGUACGAGGACCCCCUGGCCGCGUUGGGCGACAACAUCCCAGGGGGCGGCGAGCCCGGCGUGGACUACCCCGUGCUGGCCGCCGUGCCCGACACGGGCUUCUCCUGCGACGCGCAGACGGUGCCCGGCUACUACGCCGACGCGGCGCCCGAGGCGGGCUGCCAGGUGUUCCACAUCUGCCAGGACCGCCCCUCGGGGCGCCGCCAGCAGGACUCCUUCCUGUGCCCCAACGGCACCGUGUUCAACCAGCAGUACUUCGUGUGUGACUGGUGGUUCAACUUCGACUGCAGCCUCGCCGAGGGCCUGUACUCUGUCAACGAGGAGGUGCUGCAGGCCGCGCUGGCCGCGCAGGGCCAGGGCGCCUACGCCUACCCCGCUCCCGGCGGCGUCAACGGCCUGGGCCUCGGCGGCGCCAACGGAGGUGUUAGGAACGGCAACGGCGGCAGGAACGGCGGCGCCAACGGUUAUGGCAACGGCGGCGCCAGGAACGGCAACGGCAACGGCAACGGCGGCGCCAAUGGUUAUGGUGCCAACGGCAGCGGCAGGAACGGCAACGGUGCUCCCUCCACCUCCUACGGCACGCCCUCCAACGGCAAUGGCAACGGCGCCAACGGCUUCAGCAACGGGGCACCCUCCACCGCCUACGGCACGCCGUCCAACGGCAACGGAAGGAACGGCAACGGCGCCGACGGGUACAGUAACGGGGCACCCUCCACCUCUUACGGCACUCCCUCCAACGGCAACGGCAGGAACGGCAACGGCGCUCCUUCCACCUCUUACGGCACUCCCUCCAACGGCAACGGUGCGCCCUCCACCUCCUACGGCGCCCCCUUCUGAGCUGUCCCGGCCUCCUUCCCGCUGACCCCCGCCCCAUCCUGUGUAUAUAGCGCCCUCCGCGAGCGUGGCGCCCCUCGCGACGUAUUUAAUAAAGCUUGGUGAAUUUA